AUGCUGCCUUUUUUCCUGGUCCUCUCCUGCCUGUGCCAACUGAUCAUUGCAGGCCAGGAGUCUGAAACACCACUUCUGCAGACCACAGUGCCACAGAAAAUCGAGAGCAACAUCAAGGAUGCCAAGGCAGCAGAAGCGCAGGUCUCUUACUUGGUCAGAAUUGAGGGCAAAGCAUACACGUUCCAUCUUGAAAAACAGUCAUUUUUACAUCCAAGUUUUAUGGCAUAUUCGAAUACCAAGUCAGGAAAAUUUCAAACAGACACUUCUUUAGUAAAGGCUCAUUGCUUUUAUCAAGGACACGCUGCCGAGAUCCCAGCAUCAACGGUGACCCUCAGCACUUGCUCAGGUCUCAGGGGCUUGUUGCAGUUAGAGAACAUCACUUAUGGAAUUGAGCCAUUAGAGUCAUCAGCUACAUUUGAACACAUGAUUUAUCAAAUAAAGAAUAAUAAAAUUGAUUAUUCCCCCUUAAGAGAAAAUUUAAAUUCCCAGCAUGAAAGUCAGUCCUACCGAAUUCUUGUAAAACCAGAGAAAGCUGAAAAUGUAUCACUAAUGAAGAGGACCCUGCGGGUGAAGAUUGUUAUGGAUAAAGCAAUGUUUGACCAUUUGGGCUCUGAGAUGGGAGUUGCGGUUCAGAAAGUUGUUCAUAUGUUUGGUCUCAUUAACACCAUGUUUUCCGAGCUGAAGAUGACAGUGAUGUUAACCUCUCUAGAGAUCUGGUCAGAUGAAAACAAGAUUGAAACAAAUGGGGAUGCUGAUGAAGUUCUGCAAAGGUUUCUGGUAUGGAAACAAAAUCAGCCAUCUGAAAGAGUCAAGGUUAUCAUGUAUUUACUCCUGUAUAAGGAUUACCCUGAUUAUAUGGGAGCAACAUAUCACGGGAUGGCCUGCAACCCAAAGUUCACAGCAGGAAUUGCUCUGCACCCAAAGACCUUAACCGUGGAGGGCUUUGCUGCUGUCCUAUCCCAGCUGCUUGGGAUUAACCUGGGCUUAACAUAUGAUGAUGUCUUCAACUGCUUCUGUCCUGGAAGCACAUGCAUAAUGAACCCUUCAGCAAUACGUUCCCAGGGAAUCAAGGUUUUUAGCAGCUGCAGCAUGGAUGCAUUCAAACAGCUGGCUUCACAGCCUGAUCUAGACUGCCUCCGGGAGAAACCAGAGCCAGAGUUUGAAGCUCUGCCCCAAAUCAGAAUAUGUGGCAACUUCAAAUUGGAUGGAUAUGAGCAGUGUGACUGUGGCCCUGCAGAGAAAUGUACUCACAAAAAUUGCUGUCACCCUGAAAAUUGUACUCUGACAAGGUCUGCGCAAUGUGGAACAGGGGCCUGCUGUGACAAAAGGACAUGCAAGAUAGCUGAACGAGGGCGUCCUUGUAGGAAAAGUACGGACCUGUGUGAUUUCCCUGAGUUCUGCAAUGGAUCAUCUGAAUUCUGUGUACCUGACACAAAAUCUGCUGACCUAGAACUCUGCAACAACAAGACAGCCUAUUGCUAUGGUGGGAUUUGCCAAGACUUGGAUAGGCAGUGCAUGGAUAUAUUUGGAAAACAUGCUAAGGGUGCUAAUUAUUUGUGUGUGGAAGAAGUGAAUAAUCAACACGACAAAUUUGGAAACUGUCAUGGACACUGCAAGUAUGAUGAACUGUUUUGUGGAAAAUUGAUUUGCUACUGGAACCAUGAAAAAAUAAUUCAUAAAGAAAGUUAUGAUAUCCAGUAUACUUACAUUGGAGGCCAAGUAUGUGUGUCUGCACACUUAAGAGACGGUAACGCACAAGAUGAUACCUAUGUACGCGAAGGUACUAUUUGUGGUGAAGGCAAGGCUUGUAGCCAAGGGAAAUGUUUACGUGUGCACUACUUGAAAAGGGAUUCAGCAUGUAAUUCAGACGACAAGUGCCAAGGACAAGGGGUUUGCAACAAUCGAGACCACUGUCACUGUGAACCUGGCUUUGCCCCUCCGGAGUGUGACAUGACACCUUCAUCUCCAGGAGGGAGCUUAGAUGAUGGAUUUUGGCUGCCCCUGGACAGAAGGACACCUUUGGUUGUCAAGCGGCGUGAUACUCGCUUUAAAAAGGGACUUCUGAUUAGUUUAUAUGUUUUUCUGCCUUUCCUCAUCAUGAUCGCCAUCAUUGUUAUCAAGUGGAAUAUCACACACAGUUUCUGGAAGAAGGAAGAGGCUAUAAGUGGAGGGAUGGUGUACUACAGUGACAGGUGUCAGAGCACCAUGGAUGAUGCAGGAGAGAUGGGCUUUGAGUGUGUGGAGUUUGACAUCCUUGGGAACGCAGAAGGCAGUAGAACAUCCCUUGUUCCAUAG